UUCCUAAUAAGUUCGGCAUUCAGCAUUGCGAAGAGUGCAGCAGAGAUUGAACUCUACGAUUACCAUCGAAGAGAUGUCGCCCCUUUUUGUUCGCUAAUUUCCGUCAUAACCUAUCUCAACACCUCAAUGAUGACGAAUGACAUUCCUUACGCUUCUUACAUUACCAAUUCAGCUGUCACGGUCGCCCUCACCGUGUCAGCAAUGGACUGAAGUUCUUCGUCCUCCUCUUCGACGUCACUCUUUGCGGCCCAAUCGACAAGCCAAACAAGUUCGUGCAUACUCCUGUCAUCGAACGCUCUCAUCACAGAGGCGUUGCGCUCUUCGGAAAACACUACCUCAAAACCGAAGUUCCCGACGGCCACACCGGCAUGCUCCACCAAACCGUCACCCUCUGCCCCAGUACCAUCUACACAAUCAAAGCCUACGCUCAACUUUCCCAUCCCCCCUCACAAGAAGCCUUCCGUCACAAGAAGCUGCAGUCUUGUUACAUUCAGCUUUGUGAGAACAACACGUGUAGCCACCAGGCACAUCUAAGCACGGGGCUGGAGGCAGUAUGCUGGAAGUUUAAGAGUGGGAAGGGGCAGAAGGUGGGGGAGAUCAGGGUUUUGGUGACGUGUCCG